UACUGUUUUUUUGCUACCAUGGGAGAGGCUAACUGGCAGCGAGAUUUUGUAUGCGUUGAGCUUGUAAAAGGCUAGUCAUCUGACAACUACCGCUCUUGCCGUGCACUCUGCAUCAUCUCUUCGAAUUGUUCAGUUGUUUGAGGCAAAGGUUUCAUUCGAACUGACCGUGUUGCUGAAAAUGACAUCGCGCUACCUGCUAGUGGCUGUGGUGUGGGUGGUAACUGGCGCCGUGAUCAAUGGCAGUCCGCAUUUCUUGGAACCUUCCUUCGUCGGCCACGUCAACAGUGCCACAAGUGCCUUUACAGAGGCACUGACAUCACGUUCCAAAGUUCAGGCUAAGAGCGAAGAGCAUUCCUUAGAACCAGUGCUGGGUGUCACCGAUGUAUCUUUGUGGCCAGGGAUGGAGGGCAACGUUGUCAAACGGUCUGCUUACUCCGGCUAUGGCUGCCCACAACGGGAAACUGUCACGCUCCCGGUGUACAUUACGACGAGAGAAGUCUGUAGAGAUAACACUGUGACAGUGACAUUGGUCCCUAGCAUAAACCCACCACUUUGUAGGUGUGAUACCUGCUCCUACUUAGCCUCUGGGGACUCGUGUACUUGUUUGCCUGUUGAUGGUUGUGGUUUGGAGCAUCUGUAGUACAUAAAACAACGUAGGAAAAUAUAAGAAAACACGCGAAUAUACGGAAGACCUUUACGCUAUAUUGCUUUGUCUAGCCUUGUUGAAGCAAUAUAGCAAAGAGUUCUACUGGAAUAUUUGUACUUUUCCCGUGUUUUAUUUGCAUCUUGUUCAUCAAGAAUCCUUCACUCAGAGCACACGUAAAGGCCAUAUGACACGAGAGCAAAUUAUUGUGUACUUGUAAAACAUUCUACAGGUUUGUCGUAUAGUUUCUAAAAUUGUGUACAAAUUAUUGCGUGUCCACGAAAAUGUCAUUUAAUCUAGCCUAUACAAAACAUAGAAAGGCAGAAAUAUGCUGUUCUAUCAAAAUGCAGUUAACCAUAAUAUUACAAGUCCAAGCACACGGAGGUUCUCAAAUAACUAUCUAAAAUAUAAUAAAGGCUAAUAACAUGGAAGUAAGUGAUUAUCGCCCAUCUGCCCAGGCGCAGGCAAAGGGAACGAGGCCGGCUGGCAUUCUUGCUAAGUUUUGGUGGACAAUGAAGAUCCAGAGUGGAGAUUUGUUAAAUGAAAUUGCUGUUUGUGGAUUGUGGAAAGUACACGAAAAUUUGUCCUCAUGUGAUAAUCCCUUAAUCACUGAAUGUAAUUCUUGUAGGAUUUUUAUAAUAUCCUUAUCGUACACUUUCUUGUAUUUUAUAUUUUUUCAUACAGGCGGAAUUUAUAAGCUUUGAUUUUAUAGUGUUACUUUUCAUAAUAGGAUUCUUGGACAGAUAAUUAAUCUACAGGAUUUUGUGAUGCUAUUGUUUUGAUGUUAUAAUUAAGAAUAUUUUCAAGUAACCAAUAGAUUUUAGAUGAAAAUUUGCUAUUUACUCUAAAACAUUAUUUGAUUUUUUAUGAAAUGGGGCUGACCUGAUGUGUAAUUCAUUGGGAUUACCAUAUUAGUUGUAGUUAUACCAUUAUUAUUAUUAUAAUUGUUA